GGGAUCGCAGGUGUCGUCCGGUCGACAUGUCGCUGCAGGCUGACUUCGAUAAGGCCACAGCAGAGGUGAGGAAGCUGAAAUCAAGACCAGAGGAUGAGGAACUGAAAAAACUCUACGGGCUCUACAAACAGGUUGUCAUAGGGGACAUCAACAUUGCGUGUCCUGCAAUGCUAGAUUUAAAAGGAAAGGCCAAGUGGGAAGCAUGGAACCUCCAAAAAGGGUUGUCCAAGGAAGAUGCCAUGAUUGCCUAUAUUUCUAAAACAAAAGAACUGAUUGAAAAGUAUGGAAUUCAGAAUUCAUCGGGGGAGGAUUUUCCUUCGAAGCCUUCGUAACGGUAUCAUGAGCUAAUAUUUAGGGGACGGCAUUGUUGACUCCGUGUCGUGGAUAUGUUUGCUGUCAGCGUGAACUAGGAGUAUGUUGAGUUUUACUUUCUUAAACCAGGUGACUUUAAAUGUUCUUCUGCGGGGUGUGGUGACGCACACCUGUAAUCCCAGCACUUGGGA